AGGAUAUCAGUGGUAUCAGAGCAGACCAGGAAGAGAGAGCCAGUCUUUAGAGGGCUGGGGUCUCUGACAGACUCAGUCAUGGCUCCUCUCCUCUUCCUCCUCCACGUCUUCUUCAUUAGGCUAGCAGGUGGUGGAAGUGUGAGGACAUUUGAGUAUUUAACUGCACAGAGUGGAGAAUCUCUCACCAUCCCAUGUUUCUAUGAUCAGAAGUAUAAAGACCAUGUGAAAUACUGGUGUAGAGGGCAAUUAUGGUCCUCCUGUACCAUCAUGACACGCACAGACUCACCACAGAGCUCCAGUAAAGUGUCAAUCACUGAUAGUCCUGACCAGCUAGUUUUCCAUGUGACCAUGAGGAACCUGGAGACAAGUUACACUGGUAUCUACUGGUGUGCUGUAGAGAUUGGUGGAAUUGGCGAGAUGGACGACUCUCAGUCUCUGUUAAUAGAUGUUAAAGCUGCUCAGAUUGUGAGGACUGUGAGCUGGGAAUCUGCAGAGAGAGGAGGAUCUGUCACCAUCCCAUGUUACUAUGAUCAGAAGUAUAAACACCAUGUGAAGUACUGGUGUAGAGGUUCUAAGUGGAAUUCCUGCUCCACAGUGACACGUUCUGACUCCAAACAGGCAGCUGGGAAAGUGUCACUCAGUGAUGACCCCGCCCACCUGGUCUUUAAUGUGACCAUGAGGAACCUGCAGGAAAAGGACUCUGACACUUACUGGUGUGCUGUAGAGAUUCGCGGGGCAGCAGAUGAUGGUGUUUAUCUACAGCUGAUGGUGAUGGAAGCAGAGGGAGUUUCACCCAAACAGGGAGAGCCGACUACAGCUGUACAGCAGACAGAAAGUUUUACUUCAUCUACACAGCAGAGAGACAAUUUGACUUCAGCAACAAAGAACCCAACAGGAUGGGCUGUGACCAUAUGUCCCUCUGGUGCCUUGAUUUCCACCACUAAUAAGAAUCUGAACACCAUACAGUCACCAAGUCAGAUGCUCCUUCUGCUGAUGCUGGUGCUGCUUCUGUUGCUGGUGGCCACUGUCAUGGUUAUCUGGAUUCUGCGAAGAAGAAACAAAACGUUAAUCAGUAACAAAUACAGACCCAGCCAGCCUCAGAAUACAGAGCCCGAGGAUGAGCUGAUCUACAACACCAUGGUCUUUAAGAAACCAUCAGCACAAAUUCCCUCUGUAGACCCCGGGGAUGAAGUGACAUACAACUCAGUCAAUCUACAGGACAGACAAGAAUGCCCCCCUUCUGAUGUGACCUAUGCUGCUGUGGUGUCGAAGAAGAAACAAAUCUUGUAAAGUCCUUCUUUAAGUCUGUGUGCCACCUGCGAUGCCCUCAGAAAAGGGGAAGUGUUUCUGAAGAAGACGCCAUUUGUAGUUAUUUGUGUUUUUACUGUAUAAGGCAGGUGAGCCCCUCUAGGCAGCUUGGGUGCACCUUAAAAUGUGUCAUUUUAUCUGACCUUUUUUUAAGGGAUGUGCUAACCCAGAUUUUCUCAGUUCUGAUCCGAUUCUGAUACACAACUGCUGAUACUAAUACAGAUUCUGAUACUUAUGUAUACAGAUGCCGCUCAACUUAUGAACGUGAUACGUUCCGAACGGCCAUUCGGAACUUCGUAAUGUUUGUAAAUCGCUAUUCAACAUCAUUUUAAGGGUAUACACAAGUACAAAGAACUAGGAUGCUGGGAGUACGCACGCUACGCUGCUGUACAGCGACAGUAGCAGCCAGAAGUCAUACUAGACAGAAUUGGCCUGCAGAAAAGAUGUUUGGGCUCCCGCUUCCUGUCUGCAAUGAACACAAUUUGGACUUACAGUCCUCUUAGUUCGUAUGUCUGAAAGUUCGUAAGUGGAAAGUUCAUAAGUAGAGGAGCGUCUGUAUAUUACUUAUACUUCAUAUAUUAUUAAUCAUUUUAAACUAGUAAAUCAAUGAAAAAUGUAUGCACAAAAAUUUAAUUAAGCUAAUAGAAACAUAACGUACUGUUCCACUUCGUUUGUACAUCUUGUUGGAAACAUUUUUAAGGCAUUUUGCAGUUCAAAUUGAUUAGAAUUUAGAGAUCAGUGGUCAUUGUUAACACACGACAGCACACAGUGCGCAACAACAGAAUGUGUCCUCUGCAUUUAACCCAUAUGUGACUUUCGUAACAUAGCAGGGGGCAGCCAAUUCAGCGCCCAUGGAACAGUACCUUGUUCAGGGAACCUCAGUGGUGCCUUGCUGGUCGGGGAUCUUUCAAUUACAAGUGCGCUUCCCUAAUCAUCAAGCCACCAAAAACAGGAAUUGACUCUUUAUUGUAAUUCUUUUUUAUGCCUCCCUCAACUUGCUCAUUGUAGACCAAGCUGUCUGCAAAGGGCAGCCACCUGUUGGGGUGCCCAGGGAGCUGGGACUUAAGGGCCUUGCUCAAGGACCCACAGAUGGGCUGAGGCAGGGUUUCGAACUGGUGGCCUUGUGAUUACAGGCACACAGGCUUAGCUCACUGAGCCACACGCCCCCCCCCCCCCCCAAAAAAAAAAUGGAAUUUAGUGAUCAGUGUUAACACAGCACACAACAAUGAAAUCUGUCCUCUGCAUUUAACCCAUAUGUGACAAUGUGACAUAGCAGAGGACAGCUAAUUCAGCGCCCGGGGAGCAGUGCUUGGGGACAGUACAGUACCUUGCUCAGGGCACUGCCCACAAUAAUCGAGCAUAUACAAGUGGCGAAUAGUCUCAAGGCAUCCACUGCUUUUUUCAUAUUACUUGCAGUCUGGAACAAAUGGUGGGCUUUGUUCCACUAAAUGCUACUCGUACUUCCAUCUCUCAAAACUUUUUUCUUUUCCAACGAUUGCAAGUCGCUGUCCUACUAGUUGUUGUUAAAUGCUUAAAAUACUUCCAGAUUGUCACCCUCUUAUCUUAUGUUCUUGCACUCCUCGUACUGCAAAGGGUAUGCACAUGACAUCACAGCAGGCAGAAGUCACUGCACUUACAGCCACUGAGUGGCGUGAGUGCCACUAAAAACAUCUAAAAUGGGAAAGAGCUGGUGAGCGAUUGAUUGUACAAAUCAAUUUGAAAAGGAAUAGGAUCUAUCUUUUUACAGAUUGCUAUUACAGAUUGCUUUUUCUGAGAAAUUCAUUGAGUUGCUUGUUUGUCUUGGCACGAGGAAAAUUAAUAUUUCCUUCAGUUACUGAACUGCAGUGAAUUACAUGUUAGUUCUUAAUGCUUUCUGUUAUUCAAAUUAAGAAUAUAGUUAUCCCUUGCUAUCCCUGGGAGAGUGGUUACAAGACAAAUACCAAAAUCUACCAAGUCCCUUUUAUAAAAUGACAUAGUAUUUGCAUAUAAUCUAUGCACAUCCUCCCAUAUACUUUAAAUCAUCUUUAUCUCACUUGUAAUACCUAACACAACACAAAUAACAUGGGAUGAAUGUGCCUUGUACUGUAUAUAGCUUGGGCUCAUAUACUGAAUUUUUCCAUCUUUUAUUAUUAGCACAAUAAAGCAUUGUGGUGAAUGAAAAAUGAAUGAAGCCACGUUACUUUUCAGCCGCCCCCACACCUGACUGAAAAUUACGCUCCCCUCCUUAUGAUAGCGGAUAAUCCAAGUUUGGCUUUGGAAAUAUUUGUUCUUGCUUUUCAUUUCUAUUUUAAAACCAUGGUUGGUUGAAUCUGUUGAUGCUGAACUUGCGGAUACUGAUGGCCUCCUGUAAUCAUUUUUGUGUCUCGUUACCGAGUAUAUUUAUUUAGUCACUCCCUCAAUGUACUAAACAGUCAAUAAUAGAACCUGAAACCACAGGCCUGGUGAGACUCACCAUGGUAACAGGACAAGUGAGACAGUUUAGUCCUUCCUGUGACCUGUUUAUUUUUUUCUGUGCUUUUUUCCCCUUCUUUCAUUUUCAACCAUCCCCACUGCCCUCCCCUCCAUCCCCAAAUAAAUGACUGUUCCUU